ACACGCGGUACACACAGAUCGGGAGCAUGGAGGUUGAGGCCGUCCGCGGAGCCACAGAGGCUUACCCUGUGGACAUCCUGGAGGAUGACCCCGACGGCUAUCAGUCUGAUGCACAGGUUUACUACAAUCUGCUCAGGGAAGGAGCCCCGAGCUCAACAGAGGUUUUCUCCCUUCCCAUAGGGGAGCAGGUCAGACUUGAAACUUCAUCUCUUUGUUUUUGCACUCUGUACCGUGACGAUCCUCAACAUAAAAUACUGGUUCUGGUUAAUCCCCAGGACACAAAGACAGUUGUGGCUGUUUACCUAAAGGAAUCCUGGUGGUCCACAGAAGAUGUCCUGAGAACUUCUGAUCCCACAAGGGAAGGGCUUGUGAAGGUUCAGUCCUUUGGGGAAAGGAUUGUACUUUUUGUUCUCAACACCAUUGUUUUUGGAAGACUGGAGAGAAGCCUGGACGAUGAUGAUAUGUUUUUCUUACCUCACCCCGCGAAGGAGCAAGCGAAGAUUCUGUGGCGAGAUGGAGCGGCAGUUGGAUUUUACUCAAUAAAAAUGAAAGGCAGCCUCUGUGGUGAUGGCACCAGCGCAUGCUACCUGUUGCCUGUCUUCGACACUGUGUUUGUGAGGAGGAAGAACCGUUGCCAAGGCCUGGGGACAGCCAUGCUGAAGGACUUCUGUGACACCUUUCCAGAAGACGAAGCCCUGGGUGUUAGCUGUCCGGUAUCUCCUGCAAUGUACAAAGUCCUCAGACACUUCCUGUUGACCUGUCCAAGCGAGAGAGGGCGCCUGUGGGAGGUGGAGCCCCCAGGGGCCUGGGGCCAGCGUGUCAACAUCUGGCUCAAGGUUUCUCUCCAGGAGGCCAGACUUCAAGAUGGGAGCACAGUGUGCUCUGAAUGCUCUGAAGAGGACACGGACACUCCGAGGGAGACUUCUCAGGAUGGUGGACCCACACAGUUAGGUCAUGGAGAAAGCCACAAGGAGUGGAUCACCAGAAAACUGGAAAAGACACAGGGUGACCAAGAAUGUGUCCCAAGUGAGGAGGAAUCUGGGAUGUCCCUGAGACCCCCCUGGGAUGAGAUGGAGGGAAGAAGAGCCAAGAGGACAGUGGCCGUCGCUGAGCUGGCUGGUGAACCAUGGAGGAAGUGUGUGCGACAAACUCCUAACUCCUCAGACGUCCAUCUGGCUUCACCAGCAUCCAAGCCUGAGAAUUUUAUGUGGCCCUGAAUAGUCUUGAAGAUGGUCCUGAAGACUGUAUGGAUUUGCCUAUCUCUGGCUCCUUUAGUAGGUUCUGAGAGUUUGAAAAAGUGCUUGGGUAAGCCAAUUACUAGAUGGAAGCCAUUCUCACAAGCCAACUGUUUGCAGAGCCAAGACUUUAGAAGCUCGUUCAUUAAAACUACCAUUGCCUCCACUCCCCAGGAGUAUGGUAGGGAGGUGCAUGGGACAUGUGAAGGGAUCAUGAAUAUAUACCCCCUUUCCUUAGUGGAAAUGGGCCCAGAGCCGGCCGUGGUACCCAUCUGUGUUGCACAGUCAGCCCUGUUGUAACCUCAGAACUUGACAGCAGAGGUUUUCGGGGAGACAAGUCUCUUCUCUGGGGAUUUGUCAGUCACUUCAGAGCUCCUGGAGGGUAAGCACCAGGGUUGGAUGUGCCAAGGCCAGAUGGUGGCCACUGUGGACCUUGGCCUGUAAUCUGCCCAUGCUGCCUUCAAUGCCUUGGGUCCAGCUGACUGAAUGUGGGGGUGGAUUUCUGCCAGAGAAAGCUGCUCUGGCUCUCUGUGGUCCAUAAAUGGUCAAACUACAUAUGCUUUGAGACCUUUUAUAUUCAUCAAAGCUCUUUGCUCAUUUCUACAUGUAUAUGCAUACAUACAUACAUCUUUCCUUUUCUCUCUUUUCUGUUUUCUUCACCUCUUUUUCUCUACCUCUUCCCCUACCCAUUUAUCUCUAUGUGUAUAUAUAUAUAUAUAUAUAUAUAUAUACACACACACAUAUAUUUAUCUCUAUGUAUAUACAUGUAUAUAUAUACAUAUAUAUUUAUAUAUAUACGUAUAUAUUUAUAUGUAUAUACAUAGAGAGAGAUAAAUAUAUAUACACACAUAUUUACUUCUAUAUCCUCCACAAUCUGUCCUCUAUGACUCCUUUCCUACCUCCAUCCAACUCUCCAUCCAUCCAUCCAUCCAUCUUUCCAUCCACCCAUCCAUUCAGUGUGCUUUCUGUGGGACAAACUCUGUGCGGUGCUUGGGAGAUGGAACUGAGGUUUGACUUCAGCCCCAGGGAGCUGCUGUCUCUGGACGGGAUGCUCUUGGUUGUCUAUUACAGUCUGAAUCCUCUCAUACUCACUGCGGAAGGGAGGGUCCCCAACCACAAGGAAGCAGAACUUGUAGCCCUGUAUGGGGAUAUCACAAGGCCCCCGUUCACAGAUGGGGUCUGUGAAGGAAGGCCAGGCUCCGGAUGUGGACUGAGCAUCUGAGGGGUGCUUUGUGUGGGACCCCACUCAUCCUUUAACAUGCAGUUCAUGUGUUGUGAAGAUUUUGUACUUUCUGUUUAUAUGAAAAUUAACUCAUAAGUAUCUCCGGGAUUUAAUAAAGUUAUUAUUCAGUAAGACCA